AUGCAGAAAACACUCCUCGUCGUCGUGCUCGCGGCCUCUGUCGGCAGCAGCUCUGCACAGAAGAGAUGCUCCCCACGAUGCAUGGAUCUGGCAGAGAGAGUUCACAGUGCCAAUGUCAUCAACAGACCUAUACGUUACCUUGAAUUUUGGUUGGCCGGCUGCGAUUCCCAAUGCCUGAACAAUCAAGGAGGAAUGCAGACAACAACAACAAGAGCACCAGCAACGUCACCUAUGAUGGCACCAACGUCCUCAAUAACAACACCUAGAACAACUACUACAGACAAGGGAACGACUAUGACUACUACAAGAGCCACAACCACCUCAACCUCAACACCUACAGUGGCACAAACUUCCUCAACAACAACAGCUACUACAGCAAAAAGUACAACAAUGGCUGCAACUGCAACAGCUAAAGCUCCAGCAAAUACCUCAAACGCAACAGCUAUGAUAGAAUCGACUUCCUCAACGACAACCAUUACGCCAGAAACUACAACAGUGACCACUACAACAACUACAGUUCCAAUGACAACCUCAUCCACAAAACCUGCAUCAGAUUCAACUUCAUCAACUACUUCAACAACAACCUCAACUACAACACCUGCAUCAGAUACAACUACAAGAACUGUUUCAACAACUAGCUCAACUGGAUCAUAUACUACCUCAAGUAAAGCACCAAGUUCCACCAACACAGUACCUCAAUCAUCAACAUCAACAACAGAAAGGACUGAACCCAGUGAAACAACUGAGUCAGCUGUGGAGACAACAUCAGAGGGGACAACUUCUUCAACCACAACAAAUUCAUCGACCUCAGCGGAAGAAGAAAUAACAGUUGCUGACACAGCAACAGAUGGUUCAGUCACAACUGCUGAAACUGAUUCUUCCACAUCAGAGGAGACAAACGUGUCAGUCUCAACUGCUUCAACUGCAGCAGGCGCCUCAAGGAAACGUAAUGCUGUCGCAUUGGGUGAGAGAAGCCAGCACCACGACUUACACCAUGGCUUUAUGCGUCACUCUCAACACCAAAAACGAAACGUGGGAGACACGGAGAACAAGUGAAAUACGGGAAACAUGGCUCUUUUCACAGUCAACUGAACUGAGAAUUUCACAAGUGGUGUAACAAGAAUAGUUCAACCAAAUUUUAAGUGACCAUACUAACAAUCUUUUACUUUCACUUGGAUGAACUGAUAACUUGCAAUUAGAAAGACGUAAAACACUAAUAAUUGGAGGGUUCAUGCAGAUAUUGCACUGUCGAAGUGAAAGCAUAAUAUGAUUGCAUGAUAACAAUUUAAAAAAACCAGUAAUACUCAAUCAUGUCACUAUAGAACAAUAAAAGUAAUACACACACAACUACGAAAAUAAUAAAUCUAUUAGUCUACUGCGGUUGUUGAAAACGAUAUUCGUGAAGUAACUUUAUAUUUUGGUGCCAAACAUUAAACAACAACCAAUGUAAAUUUAUAAAGAUGAGGUUUAAACAAGCCAAUAAAAGAUUGUAGCCUUCUACAACAUAUUCAGUUUUCAAAUUCCUUAACUUGAACGAAAAACUGUCGUAGGAGAAGUACUUUACGAAAGAUCGUCGAACUUACAUAGACUGUUGCAAUGGUGAUGUGGACUUCACGUGUUUGAUUGGCAUCUCCAUGACCUAAUUAUAUCUCGUAAUCCUGGACAGUAAAUUUCUUCUUCCCGUAUUAAUAUAUCACCUCUGCAAAUACGACAAGCUCCGCUUUUCAUCCAGAUAAAAAAUUUCCAUACCACUGCACUGCAAGCAACACAUACCGUCACAAUGCCAGCAGCCCACAGGCUAGUACAACACGCUGGUACGGUAAUAGCUUUAAUGUAUAGCUAGUGCACUUAUCUUGAAGACAUAAUGAAAUGUUUUGCAUAUUUUAGUAUUUUAUUACACAUUCUACUGUUCUGUAAAGUUUAACUUAUGAGGGCGUUGAUCACAAAAAUAUUGCAUCUUUCGAUAAAUGUUAACCAAGGAACACUUAUCCCUAGCAGGUCUGCGUGAGAUGGAUAUGUUGUGAACAUGAUGAAUUAUGAGACUAUAUUAACUGUAAUCAUCAAACGUAACAUCUAACGUUUGGUACACUAGAAAAG